GACUUCAGUUUGACUUCCAAACUUCGGGGCUAGGGGCUCACCUCUUGAUUAGCCCCGCCUCCUGCAGGCUCCCCCUCGGGGGCAUUGCCACAGCUGUUGGGACUGCAAACUGCUCGGGCUGCAGCUAGGGACAGAGAGAAAGUAUGAAGCCAUCCUGGUUGCAAUGUCGCAAAGUCACAGGCGCCGGGACGCUUGGGGCACCUCUGCCAGGAUCUCCUUCAGUAAGAGGAGCCGCUGUGACCCGAAGGGCUUUGGUGGCCGGGUUUGGGGGCAGGGGUUGCAGGGCUCUGACCACCGGCAGUGGUGGCGAGUACAAGACCCACUUCGCAGCCUCUGUGGCUGACCCCGAGAGAUUCUGGGGUAAAGCUGCUGAGCAGAUCAGUUGGUACAAGCCCUGGACCAAAACUCUAGAGAGCAGAUACCCGCCUUCCACAAGUUGGUUUGUGGAAGGGAUGCUGAACAUUUGUUACAAUGCUAUUGAUCGGCACAUUGAAAAUGGCCAAGGGGAUAAGAUUGCUAUCAUCUAUGACAGUCCCGUUACAGACACCAAAGCAACUAUUUCCUAUAAGGAAGUCUUGGAGCAGGUCUCCAAGCUGGCUGGUGUCUUGGUCAAGCAGGGUGUCAAGAAAGGCGAUACAGUGGUCAUCUAUAUGCCCAUGAUCCCACAAGCAAUAUAUACCAUGCUGGCGUGUGCAAGGAUAGGAGCAAUCCACAGUCUCAUAUUUGGAGGAUUUGCAUCCAAAGAAUUAAGUACACGCAUUGAUCAUGCGAAGCCUAAGGUGGUUGUUACCGCAUCAUUUGGCAUCGAACCAGGAAGGAAGGUCGAGUACAUCCCACUUCUAGAAGAAGCUCUGAGGAUAGGACAGCACAGGCCAGACAGAGUUCUCAUUUACAACCGUCCAAACAUGGAGAAAGUUCCUUUGAUGUCAGGUCGUGAUCUUGAUUGGGAAGAAGAAAUGGCAAAAGCCCAGUCUCAUGACUGCGUGCCUGUUCUCUCAGAGCAUCCAUUGUACAUUCUCUACACAUCUGGAACAACUGGGCUGCCUAAGGGUGUGGUUAGACCCACUGGGGGCUAUGCUGUCAUGUUGAACUGGACAAUGUCUUCCAUAUAUGGACUCAAACCUGGAGAGGUAUGGUGGGCAGCUUCUGACUUAGGCUGGGUUGUUGGACAUUCCUAUAUUUGCUAUGGGCCUCUUCUCCAUGGAAACACAACAGUUUUAUAUGAGGGAAAGCCUGUGGGAACACCGGAUGCAGGCGCUUAUUUCCGUGUGCUUGCAGAGCAUGGAGUGGCUGCCUUGUUUACAGCACCAACUGCAAUUAGAGCCAUCCGUCAACAGGACCCUGGGGCAGCCUUGGGGAAGCAGUACUCUCUGACAAGGUUCAAGACACUGUUUGUAGCUGGGGAAAGAUGUGAUGUGGAGACUCUAGAAUGGUCCAAAAAAGUCUUCCGCGUCCCCGUUCUAGACCAUUGGUGGCAAACAGAGACUGGAUCCCCCAUCACAGCAUCAUGUAUUGGAUUAGGUAACUCCAAAACACCUCCACCAGGACAAGCAGGAAAAUGUGUUCCAGGAUACAAUGUUAUGAUUUUGGAUGACAACAUGCAAAAACUGAAGGCUAGAAGCUUAGGAAACAUUGUGGUAAAGUUGCCAUUACCACCGGGGGCUUUUUCAGGACUCUGGAAGAACCAGGAAGCAUUCAAGCAUUUAUACUUUGAGAAAUUUCCUGGAUACUAUGACACUAUGGAUGCCGGCUACAUGGAUGAAGAAGGCUACCUAUAUGUGAUGUCCCGAGUGGAUGAUGUCAUAAACAUUGCAGGCCACAGGAUUUCUGCAGGGGCUAUUGAAGAGUCAGUCCUCUCACAUGGCACUGUGGCUGACUGUGCUGUGGUUGGCAAGGAAGACCCCUUGAAAGGUCACGUCCCCUUAGCACUCUGCGUGUUGAAGAAAGAUGUAAAUGUAUCAGAAGAACAAGUUUUGGAAGAGAUUGUGAAACAUGUUAGGCAGAGCAUUGGCCCUGUGGCUGCUUUUCGAAAUGCGGUUUUCGUCAAACAGUUACCCAAAACCAGGUCUGGCAAAAUUCCACGGUCUACACUGUCUGCCCUGGUUAAUGGCAAGCCUUAUAAGGUGACCCCUACGAUUGAGGACCCCAGCAUUUUUUGUCACAUUGAAGAAGUGCUGAAGCAGGCUGUGUGACUUUUGCUUCCUAUGUUCAACCACUUGGUCUUAACUUUCUAGCUGGAUUUAAGUCGUUUAUUUUCUAUAAAGGAAUACUUGAAACAAAAUCCCUUAUCAACUCAGAUGUGAGCUGUAGUGUUUUGUCAGUCUAGUAGCCCCUGUAAGCCCCUAUAUAUAUUGUGUUUCAUGUGAGCCAGUUUGCACAAUUACCUCUUGUCUGUAACAUGGAUCAUUAUAUGCUAUCUAGUGUAUUGAGGAUCAUGUCUUUGGUGUACAGUUUUACAAAUUCAUGUGCUUUACAAACACAUUUUAAUCGAAAAUAUCUGAACUAUAAACGUACUUUCUGGAGAUAGGAAUCAGCCACACUUUGAUCAAAAUCUAAACUGAAAUCAAAGUUGGAAUAUAAUUUAAAAGGUUAUUGUGGAGACUCAAAUGUUGUCUAUUAUUUUAUAGAUGACCACUAUGCUUUUAGGUAAUUAUCAAGACAGAGUAGGUUGCUUAGCAACACAGGACCCCAGGGUAGAGCAACACUUCUGUUACUAGUUACUGGGCAAGGGGAGGCAUGUAUCUGGUAGAGAAUUUCCAUGUCCAUCCACCAAAUAUUUUGAAGAGAUGAAGACUUCUGGAAUCCCCUGUCAUGAUUGACUCUAUGUGUCUGGAUGCCUUCUUUUUUCGAUGGAAUCAAGGGAUGUCCUCCAAAUGGAAAGGCAUGACAAGAAGGAUGCUAUAGGAAAUGGAAACGUUUUCACCUUCUGUUAAAUGUCAAUACAUUUUCAUGGCCAUCAAUGAGCCUUCUUUCUUCUCUGUCUCUCUGACUCUCAGUCUGUCUCUGUCUGUCUGUCUCUCUCUCUGACAAGGAUGUGUUUCCUAAGUUGGCCUCAGAAAUCCUGGUCCUCCUGCCUCUUACUCAUAGUUGCUGGGGUUUCUUCCAAAUUAGCACUUUUUCCUCUUAUAAGGGUUGAACCCAGAGUCUUGUGCAUGUCAGAUACGCACUCGUCUACUGAGCUAUACCACUGGUGCUCAAUGAGUUUAUAGUGGUUCUUGAGGUGAAUAACCCAACAAAUGAUUUAAGAAUAAUAUAUAGCCUUAAAUACUAGAAAUCAUAUAUUCCAGAAAGGGGCCAUCCCUAUCAGAUCCCAAAGUAAUACGGCUCAGGAGAGAGGCUUUACCUUCCUGCAAGAGCCUCUUGUUUUCAAGAGAACCCCAAAUGUUUACUUGUAUUGCAAGUUUUAAUUUUAAUUUGAAUAGAUAUUAAAUAUUCUAAAAUUAUGGUCUAAUAUACAUUUCUUCUAUAAAAUGAUGGAGUCUUUUCAAAAAUUGGAAAUAAGGCUUUAGUAAGUUUAAAGAAAUAUAUCCAUUUGCUCGAGUAAGAAGUAGUAGUUGAUUAACUAGCUUAGAGCUCUACGUGUGUUAUUUUUUAGAACGUACACUUAAUUUAAAAAAGUAUACUGGGUUUAUUGAACUUCUGGGAGUUCUUGGAAGAGUUUCUCAAUUCUUCAGUUUUUUGGAAAUAUUAUGAAGAGGAUGAUGAAUUGCCCAAAUAGAUGAAAAAUGGAUAAGUAACAAUAUAUUAGGAUUUACUGGUCAUAAAAGCUAUGCAUAUCUUACAUAAAGCUCUCAUUUUAGACCUCUUUGGUCUGUGUCCUAACAGAUAAGUCCAAAUACAAGAAAUAUAGGUGAGAACUAACAGAUGGCAACUUACUUGUCAUAAAUAUUAUUACUUAUCAUAUAUAUUAUAAAGACUCAUUUUUAGGCAACGUUGGGCUGCAGAGUGUAUAAUAAAUGGCUUCUCAAAGGGAAGUUUUAUUGAUUAAACUACUUUCUUUAUUGGUAAUAUUAAAAACAGUAUGUUAUCAUCUUUAAUUAUUUUGGUAUUCCAAAUUUAACCAACUGACAUUUUGUAACUUGAAGCUCUUGAGUUUCUUGAAUUAUUAAUUGUAUAUAUAUAUACACUUUAUCCAUUUUCACAACUGUAGGGAUUACAAAUCAAUACUUUUUAAUAUGUUAGCAUGAAAGUACAGAUCAUUACUUUCUCGACAGGAAUCAGGUACUUUAAGUUUGUCAUGUUCGUAUUUGCCCAUUAUAAACUCAGGCAGAUCUAAGAAUUGAGUGAAGUUUUCAUCUUUGGAUCAUUUGUAGAUUUUCCGCUUUCCCAGAUCUGAGGGGAUACAUCAGCAAGUAAGCAUGGGUUAUUUUCCCGUAGAGAGAAUCUGUAAAAAUACAUUAAUAAAACGGACAAAACAAAUAAAUGAAUAAACAAAAAACACAGUUUCUCACACCUGGGAAGGAGCUGUUUUUCUUAUGUUUCAAUGAGGAAAGCCAUUUCUCCUGCAGACUAGAGGCAGUGAUCAUGGCUGUGGUGCUAAAAUGAAGUCAUCAGACUGCUUAAAAAAUUGGGAGAAAAUUAAAGAAAUUUCUAUUUUAAAAUCUCCCCAUAAGGUUUUUGUUUUGUCUUGUUUGUCAAAUCGCAUCUAAAAUAUUUUGAAUUGAAUAUGUCUUUGAUAGCAAUGAUAUAAUCCAAGAAAUGUGACCACACUUAAAUUCACCUUGAUGACAUCCCUGUGAUCUUGUACUUUAUGAAAUUUUUAAAUUUGUAAGACACUUGCAAAAAUGAAAAUAAAAGUACCUUUAAU